AUGAGAAAUCCAAGGUCCCUCCUGCUCACCCCUCUCCUGCUGGUGUCCGCAAACGCAACGCCGACGGCCGACCUGGUCAAUCUGCAAACAUCCAUCUCAAGCGCCACAAACCAGCUGAAUGUCUCCCGUAAUGAUUCCGCCGCCUCGAAUGCUGCCGAAAUGAUCCAGGCUGUCGGAUAUCAAAUCGGUGCGAGCAUGGCGAAUCUGGGUUGCACUCUCGAGGUACACCACAUCAACCAGAACCCAUGUCCAUCACUCAGAAACUGACAGACUUGACCUGUGAUAGUCCGCCACGCCAUCCACGAGCUUCAACAACUCCCACAGCCAAGUAAGCCAACGAUCUGUCGAGCAAUCCUACAUCGACGUAAGCAGCCCCCCCCCCAUUUCUUUCCCUCCCAAACUCAACUGACAACAUAUCACAGUACAUCCUCUCCCUCAAAUCCCUCACCACAGCCCUCAUCUCCCGUGGCAAACUCCCGCACACCGACCCGGACCUCCCCGUCUCCCUCCAGCUCCAAUCCCUCUCCAGAGCGGUCUACUAUUUCGGGAAAUGUCUGCGAAACGGAGAUUACAUUUCCCAGGACGCGGCGAUUGAGACCUGGUACGCGGGAGGCUAUCUCAUCGAUGCGGAGAGCGCUUGGGAUUCUGGUGUGGAGAAUGGGCAGAGAAAGGCGAAGAGAGAUCGCAAGAAGAGUGUGGGUGUGGAGAAGGUGAGGAGGGAUGGUAUGCCUGAGAAGAGGCGGGAGGGGCUGGAUUGUUGUGCGGAGUACUGUAUUUUCCAGUGUCGGAAGGCUCAGUGAGGGAGCUUGGGGAACAUCAUCGAGCUGGGUCAAUAUUGUGGAAGAGGAGGGAGACUGGCUCGCCUACAGACUCGCACCUCUAG